AUGGAGAACCGAAAUAAUGUAUCUGAAUUCAUCUUGCUGGGGCUUACUCAGGAUCAAGAGUUACAGAAAGUCUGCUUUGGUCUGUUUUUGAUCUUCUACAUGGCAAUUCUGCUGGGGAAUCUACUGAUCAUAGUCACAAUCAAGAGCAGUCGCCACCUGAUUUCUCCAAUGUAUUUCUUUCUCAGUUAUCUUUCCUUCAUAGAUAUCUGUUACUCCUCUGUCACUGCCCCCAAACUGAUAGCGGACUUCCUUGUGAAGAAGAAAAGCAUCUCUUUUGUUGGUUGCAUAGCACAACUUUUUGGGGUUCACUUUUUCGGUUGUACUGAAAUUUUUCUUCUCACACUGAUGGCAUAUGACCGAUACAUUGCAAUCUCUAAGCCUCUCCAUUAUAGCACUAUUAUGAACAAGAAGAUCUGCAGUUGGAUGGUGUUUAUGUCAUGGCUGGGUGGAUUUGUACAUUCAAUGGUCCAGACACUUCUUACUACACAGCUACCCUUCUGUGGGCCAAAUGAAAUUGACCACUAUUUUUGUGAUGUUCAUCCUUUAUUGAAAUUAGCUUGCACUGAUACCUAUAUGAUUGGACUUAUUGUCAUUGCCAACAGUGGCAUGAUUUCCCUCAGUUGUUUUCUUGUGUUGACUUUUUCUUACAUUGUUAUCCUACUCACAAUCAGAACUCAUUCUUCUGAAGGCCGUCUCAAGGCUCUUUCCACCUGUGGCUCUCACAUCACAGUUGUGAUUCUGUUUUUUGGCCCCUGCAUCUUCCUUUACAUGAGGCCUUCAACUACAUUCUCAGAGGACAAAAGUGUGGCUGUUUUCUAUACUAUUAUAACUCCUAUGCUCAAUCCAUUAAUUUACACCUUGAGAAAUGAGGAGGUAAAGAAUGCCAUGAGAAAAUUAUGGAGCAAAAAAGUAUUUUUGUCUAGGAAAUUAAAAGUGGAUUUAAAAAUAUAA